AAGACAGUCUAAUCUCACAAGGGAAAUGGGCACGUUUGGAUUCAGAUGUUCAACUCAGCAACUGCCAACAGAUAUACGAGUAUUAUUGCAAAGUGGUUACAAAACUAUAAAGAUGUUGCUGCAUAAGUUCAAGAUAAAUUUAAUAGAAGCUAUAAAACAGUAGAGCAUUAGAUACACGCAGGAUUUUCAACCAGGAUUUUCAUUUUCUGAAGAACAAGAAAUCCACCGGAUUCAGAAGUCCUGAGAAAAACACAGAUGCUUAAAGGGAAGGAAUUGCUACCUCGGUAGUAACUUGUAAAGCUGUCAUCAAUCAAGUGAUAUAGGCUCAGAGCUACAGCGGCUUUGCAAUAACUCUCUAAAUUCCUUCAUCAGUCACUUUCAGAGUGGCGAGCUUAGAAAGAAUACAUAUACUCAAAGUGGAGAAGAAUCACCUUUUUCAUACAUUACUUACUUUGCUUGGUCUGCAGUCAUCUGGUAUUUCCUUUUAAAAUGCAUUGGGUCACGAUUGUGCUUGUCGGAUUGACUCUUUGUGGAAAACUGUCAAUGUACAAUGGCUUAGAUUAUGAUUAUAGUUAUGAUUCUUAUGACGAAGAGAAAAGUGAGACGAUUGAUUACAAGGAUCCUUGCAAAGCUGCUGUAUUUUGGGGAGACAUUGCCUUAGAUGAAGAAGACUUGAAAAUGUUUCAAAUCGAUAGAACAAUUGACCUCACUCAACACACAAAUGAAAGACUAGGUCACACAACAGGUGGUUUAGGGGAGCAUGCUAUAUCCAAGAAAGUGUCACUUUAUCAGCUUAUAGACAGGAUAAGAAGAUUUGGCCAUGACAAUGGGAGAAAAAACACAACAAGUGAAACUGGGAGCACAAAAUCCUCAGGGAAAAGCAAAAAAAGCAGACUUCCCAGAGCUGCAACUUCACGCACUGAGAGAAUAUGGCCUGGAGGCGUCAUUCCAUUUGUUAUUGGAGGCAAUUUCACUGGCAGUCAGCGAGCUAUGUUCAAACAGGCCAUGCGACACUGGGAAAAACACACAUGUGUUACUUUCAUCGAGCGGACAGAUGAGGAAAGUUACAUUGUCUUCACAUACAGGCCUUGUGGGUGCUGCUCCUAUGUGGGGAGACGAGGAAAUGGUCCUCAGGCCAUUUCUAUCGGCAAGAACUGUGAUAAGUUUGGAAUUGUUGUGCAUGAACUGGGACAUGUGAUCGGGUUUUGGCAUGAACAUACACGACCAGAUCGAGAUGAUCAUGUAACCAUUAUUAGAGAAAACAUCCAACCAGGUCAGGAAUACAACUUCCUGAAGAUGGAACCUGGAGAAGUGAAUUCUCUUGGGGAACAAUAUGACUUUGACAGCAUUAUGCACUAUGCCAGGAACACUUUCUCAAGGGGCAUGUUUCUGGAUACUAUUCUGCCCUCCCGCGAUGAAAAUGGUAUAAGACCUGCCAUUGGCCAGCGAACCCGAUUAAGUAAAGGAGACAUUGCACAGGCAAGGAAGCUGUAUAGAUGUCCAGCAUGUGGAGAAACAUUACAGGAGUCAACUGGCAAUUUCUCAUCCCCUGGAUUCCCUAAUGGAUACCCCUCUUACACUCACUGUGUUUGGAGAAUCUCAGUUACCCCAGGAGAAAAGAUUGUCCUGAACUUUACAACAAUGGAUCUUUACAAAAGCAGUUUGUGCUGGUAUGACUACAUAGAAGUCAGAGAUGGCUACUGGAGGAAAGCACCCUUACUUGGUAGAUUCUGUGGGGACAAAGUCCCGGAGGUUCUGACAUCUACAGAGAGUCGGAUGUGGAUAGAGUUCCGCAGUAGCAGUAACUGGGUGGGGAAAGGCUUUGCUGCUGUCUAUGAAGCCAUCUGCGGAGGUGAGAUCAGCAAAGACGCAGGCCAGAUUCAAUCCCCCAACUACCCAGAUGACUACAGACCAAUGAAGGACUGUGUAUGGAAGAUAACAGUGGCAGAAAACUACAAUGUGGGAUUAAGUUUUCAGGCUUUUGAGAUUGAGAGACAUGAUAACUGUGCCUAUGACUACCUGGAGGUGAGAGAUGGGAACACAGAGAACAGCCCUCUGAUUGGCCGUUUUUGUGGCUAUGAUAAGCCAGAGGAUAUCCGAUCUACCUCAAAUAUCUUAUGGAUGAAAUUCAUUUCGGAUGGAACAGUCAACAAGGCUGGAUUUGCUGCAAACUUCUUCAAAGAGGAAGAUGAAUGUGCCAAACCUGACAAUGGAGGGUGCGAACAGCGAUGUGUGAACACUCUGGGUAGCUACAAGUGUGCCUGCGAUCCUGGCUAUGAACUUGCUCCAGACAAGAAGAGUUGUGAAGCCGCCUGUGGUGGUCUCCUGACCAAACUGAAUGGAACUAUUACAACGCCAGGCUGGCCCAAGGAAUAUCCUCCCAAUAAGAACUGUGUGUGGCAAGUGGUUGCUCCUACUCACUACCGGAUCUCCAUGCAGUUUGAGUUUUUUGAGCUUGAGGGAAAUGAAAUUUGCAAGUAUGAUUAUAUAGAAGUCCGCAGUGGCCUUUCCUCAGAUUCCAAACUGAAUGGAAAGUACUGUGGAACAGAAGUGCCUGAAGUUAUCACGUCCCAGUACAACAACAUGAGAAUAGAGUUUAAAUCCGACAACACGGUAUCAAAGAAGGGCUUCAAGGCACAUUUCUUUUCAGACAAGGAAGCUUCCUGCAAAGACAAAAUGUUUGUUUUUGAAUCUUGCAAGGACUUGGUGCAGGUUGCCACUUCAGGCCGAGUACGUAUUAUUGAGAGACUGGCGGCCUCUGAGGGUCUCAGAGACAAGGAUGAGUGCUCCAAGGACAAUGGCGGCUGUCAGCAUGACUGCAUCAACACUAUAGGGAGCUAUGUAUGUCAGUGCCGCAAUGGAUUUGUGCCAAAUGAAAACAAACAUGACUGCAAAGAAGCCGAAUGCGAACACAGUGUCCACAGUUCCAGUGGAGUGAUCACCAGCCCCAACUGGCCAGACAAGUACCCAAGCCGUAAGGAAUGUGCAUGGGCAGUUACAGCUACUCCUGGGCACCGUGUGAAAGUGUCUUUUAAUGAGUUUGAGCUCGAGCAGCAUCAGGAAUGUGCCUACGACCAUCUGGAGGUGUAUGACGGAGAGAGUGACAAAGCCGCAAUUCUGGGGCGGCUAUGUGGCAGCAAACUACCAGAACCUGUUAUCUCCAAUGGCAACAAGAUGUAUCUCAGGUUCAUUUCAGAUGCCUCAGUACAAAGGAAGGGCUUUCAGGCCACCCAUUCGACAGAAUGUGGAGGCAGGCUGAAAGCUGAGACCAGACUAAAAGACCUGUACUCACAUGCACAGUUUGGAGACAAUAACUACCCAGGGCAGGUGGAUUGUGAGUGGAUGAUAACUGCAGAGAAGGGAUAUGGAAUAGAACUGACCUUCCAGACAUUCGAGGUGGAAGAGGAAGCAGACUGUGGCUAUGACUACAUGGAACUGUUCGAUGGUUACGACAGCACAUCGCAGAGACUCGGGCGGUUCUGUGGAUCUGGGCCACCUGAAGAAAUCUACACUACAGGAGAUGCUGUCCUGCUUCACUUUCACUCCGACGACACGAUCAGCAAGAAGGGAUUCCAUAUACGAUACACAAGCACAAAGUUUCAAGAGACUCUCCAUACCAAAAAAUAAUCUGGGAAUAUCCACACACAAAAACUUUUUUUUUUUUUUUUUUAUAAAAAGAAACUGACAUUUUUUUCUGUCAUUGGAAAAAAGUCAGAAAAGGCUAAUUAAAACUCUUCAGUGCAGAAUGAAAGUUUUGUAUCCCAGUGGAGUAGAUACUCAAUAAGAUAUGUUCUGUGUUGGAGGCCAAUUGAGGAUCUUGUGAAAGCAACAUCCACCCACGUCAUAGACUAUACAGACACAGUGGCUGCCGUUUAUUGUGGAUGCCAGCAAAUUUAAAAUGGGAGAAAGGCGCCUAUGUGGACCAUGGUAAUUGGACAGGCGUUACAUCAUUGUGAAAAAGAUACUUGAGGCCAAUGGUAAAUUCAUACUUUUUCAGAGAUUAUUGAGCAUCAUUGACUAAUAAAUGAAAGCGCUGAAGUGGUUCUGCUUGAUGUAAAACCGUACAUAUAUUUAUGGUGACGGAAACAUUACAGUUACAAGUAUUUUAAAAUAAACCGCUGAGGACUUUAUUUUGUUUACUGUAUUUGUAAUAUUUCUUAUUUCCUCACUAACCAACUCAGUAAGCUUUUUCAGUACAGUCACAUAUGAGCUUUUUUUCUUGUUUUUAGCUGUAUCCCCUUUAAUGCUUACAGUAUGCCAAGCUACAGUUAAAAGUCUAUUAAUUUUAAAAACAUAUACUCCAUAGCUGAAAUUGCUUUGAAAUAAAGCUCAGCUGGUCUGACAAAGCAACAUAGUCAAAAACUGCAGGAUUUCUGUCUUGUAAAAAUGUACUGUGUCUAAUUAAAUAUCUGACUUAAA